AUGGCGCGCCAACGGCGUUCGGUGCAUUCGACACGUCUUGUUGCGGGUGUCUUGACGUUAGCAGCACUCGUCUCCUUAUCUCUACUGUUCGGUCUCAGUCUACUGGAUGAAGAACACUCUCAGAUAGCCAUUCCUCUGAAUGCGCAGAGGAACUUGGAGCAGUGUCGGGCUAUAGAUGUCAUGCCCGGUCCUCUGCCUGCUUUCUACGAAAGACAGGUAUCUGACCGGUUUGUACACGGCACGAAGCCUAUCUGGAUACGAAACGCGACCAUAUGGACAGGUCGCGUUCAGGGACUAGAGGUCCUUCAGGGCGAUAUCCUGCUGGCUGAUGGCUUGAUACGGGCCAUCGGUACUGUCAACCCCGAACUGCUGGCCAAAUAUGAGGAUGUGGAGGAGCUCAAUGCGCAUGGAUCUUGGGUGUCGCCCGGGAUCGUUGACGUUCAUUCACAUGUUGGCGUCGAAUCUGCCCCCGCUCUUGACGGUGCCGCGGACGGUAACUCGCUUCAGGGUACAAUCCAGGCGUGGCUUCGCUCCAUCGACGGCCUAAAUACGCACGAUGACAGCUACGCGCUCGCAAUCGCAGGCGGUGUGACUACCUCACUCAUUUUACCCGGUAGUGCGAACGCUAUAGGAGGACAAGCCUACACUAUCAAGCUUAGACCCACAGCCGAGCGUUCACCGACCGCAAUGCUUUUGGAGCCCCCCGUGUACAUCAAUGGCUCUAACCCGGAGUACGUAGGAUGGCAACAUAUGAAGCACGCGUGCGGCGAGAAUCCAUCCCGUGUAUACGGAGCCACACGUCUUGAUUCUGUCUGGGCGUGGCGUGAAGCUUAUAACAAGGCUCGGAUAAUCAAGGGAAAACAAGACGACUAUUGCACCAAAGCCAGAGCCGCAAAGUGGGAAGGUCUAGGCGAUUUCCCGGCGAACUUACAAUACCAACCUCUGAUUGACAUUCUGCGCGGAAAGACGAAGGUUCAAACGCACUGUUAUGAGGCCGUGGACCUGGACAACUUCGUUAGACUCACCAACGAGUUCAGAUUCCCUGUGGCGGCCUUUCAUCACGCACACGAGACCUAUCUCGUCCCUGAUGUUCUGAAGAGAGCGUAUGGAUCAACCCCUGCUGUCGCCAUAUUCUCCGAGUUCCAAGGCUACAAGAGAGAAGCUUAUCAUUCGACACACUUCGCCGCGAAGAUUCUUGACGACGCAGACAUUCGUGUUCUUAUGAAGAGUGACCACUCGGCCAUCAUCUCACGCUACCUACUCCACGAAGCCCAGCAAGCGCAUCACUUUGGUCUCCCGUCCCAUCGUGCGCUCUCGUCCGUGACCGCCACCGCGGCAGAGGUCCUCGGUCUUGACCAUCGCAUUGGGUACCUCAAAACAGGAUACGACGCCGAUCUUGUGCUGUGGGAUAGUCACCCCCUCGCCCUCGGGGCCACCCCAACGCAAGUUUUCAUCGACGGUGUUGCACAACUCACGUCGCCUAUUACGCGACCCAAACCGGCAUCCGCACAAAUCGCACCUCAAACUCCUGAUUACGACGUGGAGGCGGCCGAUACUCUUGCUCGGCAAGGUGAACCCACCCUCGAAGGGAUCAUGCGUGUCACGGACCGCGUUGUGUUCUUGAACGUCUCCGCGGUGUACGUGCGUGGGAAGAAAGAUGUCGAGCAGAUCCGACUUGCCUCCGCCUCGUCCCUUUCGUGCGUCGUGGUGGAAGGAGGGGCCAUUACGAGCGAUGGCUGCGAGGCUGCGACCGAUGCAGGCGUCGUACUUAUCGAUCUGAAGGGCGGGGAGAUCGCCCCGGCGCUCGUCGCGCCGGCGACUAGUAUUGGUCUACAAGAGAUCGCUAUGGAGGAGAGCACUACCGAUGGGCAGAUUUUGGACCCUUUGGUGGAUACUGUUUCGGGUAUCUUAAAAGACACCCUCAUUCGAGCAGUAGAUGGACUGCAAUUUGCUAGUCGCGAUGCGAUAUUGUCGUAUCGCGCCGGUGUGACGACGGCCAUCACCGCCCCGGCUGGUUUUGGGUCUGGCGAACUGGGCCUGAGCACAUCCUUUUCACUCGGUGCCCCCCACGUUCUCGCACCCGGAGCACUUCUUCAGGUCGACUCCGCUCUGCACGUUACAUUGGCACACCCUUCCUCCCCCUCUAUCUCCACGCGAAUUGGCGCGCUGCGCCGCCUACUCCUCGACAACGAGCUUCAGAGAAGGAAGGGUGCUCUAGGAGAGGCAUUCGGACGGGUGGCUCUCGGCAUUACACCCCUCGUUGUGCGCGUCGACUCGGCCGACAUCAUCGCCAGCCUGAUCUCUGUCAAGCGCGAGGUUGAGGAACAGACAGGCGCUCAUCUAAGGCUUGUCCUCGUCGGAGCCAUGGAAGCUCAUCUACUUGCGCAAGAGCUUGCUAGCGAGGACAUCGGUGUACUCGUCCAGGCACGGUCAUUCCCUUAUGUGUGGGAUAGUAAGCGCAUCUUGCCCGGGCCGCCGCUCAGUGAUAAGAGUCAAGUACAGCACUUACUCGACGCCGGCGUACGAGUGGGGCUGAUCCCUCUCGGCAUAUCGGACGCUCAACCUGCUAUGUCGGGAUGGGCAGCCAGGAACUUGAGAUGGGACGCAGGCUGGAUUGCGUUGGAGAGUAACCUCACGCAGGCCCAAGCUCUGUCCCUCGUAUCGUCGAAUGUCGACUCACUGCUUGGGGUUCGUGUUCGUCCACAAGAUGCGGAUUUGGUCGCCACUCAAGGUGGAGGGUUCCUGGAAUUCCAGGGUAAGGUGGUCGGUAUCUUAAGCCCCCGAGUGGGUGGGGUCGACAUCUUUAGCGACCAGUGA